AACAGGUCUCCUUUAACACGCAAGCUGUUGCAUUAGUCGAAUAGCUUCAUGGAGUGUGUUAAUGUCGGGUUCGGGUUAAUUGAGUCUGUCAGGAUGACACGUGACCUACCUGAGCUCGACAGGACAGGUAGGUUCACAUAGUUUCGCUCGAGUGAAUGCUGAAAGAGGCGCGAUCGAGACUCACAGUUACCUGCUGCGCGACUGCAAACGAGUCUCUGCGCUUAUUUAGCGAUUUAUUUAUUUAUUUCUAAUAGCAAGUUUGGUACGUGGUUUAUUUCGUCCGCACGUUUCCUGUAAGCCUCUCUGGGAGCCUCACAGCCGAAAUGGAUGGCGAUUCGCUGUUUGGUGUCUCAGGUCUGAUUAUGGAGAACGGGAUCCGCAGCACCUCCUGGAAUCCUUUCUGUUCGAACCCACAGGACUAUGAUGUGAAAACGGAGAACAAUGUGUUGCCAAACAUGACGAGUUUCACAGACGAUCCUUUUCCGGCUCCGGACUGGGUUUUGUUUCCUCCUCCUGAUUUUUAUAAAGACGACACUGCGAAUGGCUUCCAGAGCACGCCAGCGGCAGGCACACGGAGUGAAGAAACAGACAUUUUCCAGCCUUUUAAAGAGAAAGCAGGCACUGGUGUGACACACAGCAGCUCAGCCAAUCAGAACGCAGAAUCCUGGCCUUCGUCCAAUCAGAGUGAUCCUCUCCUGGAAUUCAUCCUCUCCAGACAGAAGAAUUUCCAAGCUUCUCCACCACCAUCUGAGACCACCAGCGUUUUCCAAGAAGCGUCCGGUUUCCUCGAGACUCCUUCCCUGUCCACCUCGCUGCUCGUUUCUAAUACCAACCCGACAUCUGACCAUAUUUACAAGACAUCCUCGUCCGACAUCGAGACGUUCGAUCCUCUGUUUGCCCCUCAGAAUGAAGUCCAGUCCAAUCAGAAGAGCAGUUACGAUCUACUGUCCCAUGUUGCUUUGCCAAACCGAGCCGCUCAAGAGACGUCAGCUUUAGCAACACCUUCCACAAGCAUCUCAAACGGAGAUCCGAUGUUCAGGAGGCGUCCUCCCAAAGCUGGUCCUCGCAGUAAACCCCCGAAGAGCCUCCUCCAGCCUCCUGCUCUCUCUCAGAUCACGGCGGCUGCGAUGGAGAGCGAUCCGUCGGUUUAUGAGGACGUUCUUCUCAUCGGUCAGGUUUGUGUGCUGCAUUUUAGCCGCACAGCAAACCGAUGCACAGAAAGACUGAGAUGCUCUGUGUCUGUUGCAGGCUGGCAAGCUCAGGCUUCGGAGAGACUCAGUACGGAUGAAGAGGUUGUGAAAUGCACUGAACACAUUAGCAAACACACAAUUACAGAGGCGUCUGAUGGAGGCGCUGAUCUGAAGAAGAACGGGAAGCAGACUCUGGGAAGGAAACUGAGACACUCGCUGCUGAUCAGGAGGAGCUCAAAGGAUAAACCUGGAGAUGAAGUGAAGAGCUCCGAGACGAAUCGAGGCUCAAAGCUCAUUAACGGCCCGGAUGAGUUUUUGGCUCCAGGUGAAGAAGAAGAAGAGCAGAAUGAAGCUGCCGAGUACAAAUCGAAGCAGCCACAGAAAUUCAAGCCUUCUGUGCCACACCGACCAUCAAAGUCCUUCCCCAAAGAUCCCUUUCUGGAAGGAGAACUGGAUCUUGGCGCUUCAGUCCAUGACAGUCAUCAGGGCAAAAUGCUGUGA